AUGUUUGCGCAGCUCUCUAUAGAAUUUGCCGAGUUAUUGGGGCGUGUGAAUAUCGGGGACUAUAUUCCAUGGCUCUCUUGGGUCAGCCGUGUUAGUGGUUUGGACGCCAAACUAGACAGUUUGGCUAAACGGUUCGACCAAUUUUUAGAUAUGGUUGUUCAAGAGCAUAUAGACAGUUCAAAGGGUUCUCAAAGAGAUGAGGAUGAUGGCCAAAAUGAUUUCGUGGACGUUUUGCUUUCGGUCCAGAAACAAAACACAGUCCCCAUCGAUAGAGUUGGCAUAAAGGGUAUCGUCUUGGAUGUGUUCGUCGGUGGCAGCGAGACUACGUUCACAAUUUUAGAAUGGGCGAUGUCGGAGCUUUUCAAGCAUCCAAGUGUUAUGAAGAAAUUACAAAAUGAGGUUAGAGGAAUAGUCGGAAAUAAGCAAAACAUAAUAACAGAGGAUGAUUUGGGUGGAAUGAACUAUUUGAAGGCAGUAAUCAAAGAGACUCUUCGCUUGCAUCCUCCAGCUCCAUUACUAUUUCCCAGGAUGGCUAGCCAAGAUGCAACGGUAAAUGGUUACAAUAUCAAGCGCGGCACACUAGUUUUUGUUAAUGCAUGGAAGAUUGGAAGGGAUCCAAAGUCAUACAACGACCCAGAAGAGUUUAAACCAGAAAGGUUUUUGAGUAAUGUCGUAGAUUAUAGAGGGACCGAUGAUUUCCAAUUUAUUCCAUUUGGGGCUGGCAGAAGGGGUUGUCCAGGAAUUCAGUUUGCCAUGGCUGUUCAGGAGAUUGCUUUAGCAAAUUUGAUUCACAAGUUUGAUUGGGUAUUGCCUUAUGGUGCAAGAGGGGAGGAUUUAGACAUGACUGAGGAGAGUAAUAGUUCAACUAUACAUAGAAAAUAUCUUCUUAAGGCCAUGGCUAUACCAUAUCAUUGCUCAGGUUAA